AUGAGGGAUCAGUACAUCAUUGUGCUUAUUACAUUAAUGGUAAUCUCUUCGUAUAUUCUUUUUUUGAUGGUUACUUUUCAGAUUACAUCAUUUGGGAUCAUAACUAAUGUUCUCGUUUAUUGUUCUGUUAGAAAACUGUCUUCAAUGAGUAACUCGUUUGGAAUUAUCACCAGAAAUCAAGCAGUAUGCAACACUAUAAUUUGCUCUAUAUUUUUCUUCUUCAUCAUUCCAAUGCAAAUGAAACUAUCUGAUGAGCUGAUAUCACAUUCCGAUUACAUUGGAAUAUGGGCAACUUCCAUAUAUGAUAUAUCUAACUUAUCUCAUGUUUUCAUUGCCAUCAAUCGAUUUUGUGCAGUAUUUCUCCCCUUACAUUAUGAUAAACUGUUCACAGUAUCUCGAACAAAAAGAAUCAGAAACAUUAUCUGGAUUUUUUCUUUUGCAAAAUGUAUCAUAAUCUACGAAGUUUUUAUUUGCUACAAUAUGUACUAUCCAGAGGCUUGGACGUUAGCUUAUAUUGAUACUCCUGAAUGUAUCACAUACACUUGGUAUACAGAUUUCGUCUUCAACACAACGCUGGUGGUAUUUACAAUUUCCGUCAACUUAUUAACCGCUUGCAAAGCCGGAAAAACAACAAAACGAAUUCUGAGGAGUACGACAGGAUCUACUAUUUCAAAACAGAAACAAAGAGAGAUCAACUUCAUUAAACAGACAUUCUUUCAAGGAACUUCCAUUUUUGCUGGUCAAGUAUCUUACUAUGUCAUUGCUCCAUUUGUAGAAAACUUUAUUCUCAUUUUUGUACUUUCUGCUUUGUGGGCAUUUAUGCAUGCUGUUGAAGGAGGUAUCAUAUUGGCUUCUAAUCAGGAAAUAAGACGCAUGUUGAGUUGGAAGAAAAAAAAACCAACAACGAUAUUCAUCUCGAGUGGUACAUAG